AUGAGGUCUGAAAUUCCUCUACAUGUGGAAACCAUGGGCAAAAGAAAUGUCAAAUUGAAGGACGGUUGUAUUUACAUCCCCUUGAGACUUGUCGACCAUUUCGAACCUGACAUUACACUCAAAGACCACGAGGACAAGAUACACGGUGUUCGAGCAAGGAAGCACGAUGCUGACCAGAUAAUCUUAGAAUCUGGGUGGGGUGAAUUUGUGUUUAAACAGCGGAUACAAGAGAAUGACCUCAUCGUUUUCAAAAAGGGGAAACCUCACAUCGAAGUUUUCAUCCUUGAGAAAACCUCAUCAUCUUUUCUAACGGGAAAUUAUUCCUGUGCCCAAGAAGUCAUUGAGUUGAGUAGUUCUGAUGACGAUGAGAUCAUGGCUAAGAAGAUGGCUUCAGUAUCCUCCCCUUGCGCUAAAUCAGAAUAUGGAGCUCCCAAGCUGAAUGAAGUUGGUUCAAAACCUCCUAGGUCCAACAUUUUCAUGGGACCUUCACAGCGUCGUCGCUACAUUUUAUCCCAAGGGAAAGUUCUAAAGGGGCUAUUGAGAGAGAAAGUUGAAGAGAAAGUCCAGGCAAUUUGCUCUGAAUUUUCGGUGUUUGUGAAAGUGAUGAACAAAUCCAGUAGAUCACGACGUGAAAUACACCCUCUGCACUUCUGUCUGGAGUAUGCUUCUGAAUGCCUCCCGGCUGAGCAAAAAGGCCUCCUCCUUCUGCUGGAAGGCGACGAGAGGGAAUGGACUGGUAAGUUGGACAUCUCGAGGAAUGGCUCGAGGAAGGGAAGGUUUAUCUUUGGAGCCUGGAAGGACUUCCUCUGGCAAGUUGGUCUGAAGGAGGGAGACAUAUGCCUCUUUGAGCUGGUAGACAAGAGCGCAGGUUGGAUCACGAUGAAAGUCCACCUGAUCCGCAGGUCGGAGAUACAGCCAUAG